AUGUCGUCGCCGUCGUUGCCGUCGCCAAUAUCGGUGCUCUUCGUCUGCCUCGGCAACAUCUGUCGAUCGACAAUGGCAGAGGGCGUUUUCCAGUCCAUCGCAAAGGCUGCGCCGUAUACGGAUCUAGUCGCCGAGAUCGACUCGUGCGGAACGGGAGGCUAUCACACCGGCGACGACCCAGAUGACCGGACGAUGGCGACGCUCGAAAAGCAUGGUAUAACGGGCUACGAGCAUGCGGCUCGGAAGGUCAACGCGUCAGACCUUGACAGGUUCGACUACGUCUUCGCCAUGGACCGCGCCAAUCUCGGUGACCUCCAGCGUAUCCAGCAGCGCAAGCCUGGCAGCAAGGCCAAGGUGAUGCUCUUUGGGGAGUACUCGGGGACGGGUAAGCCCGAGGUAAUCAGUGACCCCUACUAUGGGGGCCAGCAAGGCUUCGAGAAGGCUUAUGAGCAGGCGGUCCGGUUCUCCGAGAAUUUCCUGAGGGACGUGUUUCCAGAUGUCGAAGCCGAGUUAUGA